UCCGCUUCACACCGCAUUCGUAAACAAAGACAAUGAAAGCUCCUCGACGGCUGAAGUUUUUCGAGCCAGAUAGUUUUUCGCCGUCGAGUCGAGCGCACGAACGCUAAACAAAUUUAAAAACUAAUAGUGCUUAAAGCGUAUUGUGUAAAACCCGCCGCGUCUCAGCGCUGUCUCGCUCUGGCACACACGCAAAUACCGACACACAAACACACACACACGCGGCAAUAUACAUACCUGUCCGAGAGCAAACGAAAGCGGUGCAAAGAAAAUCGGGAAAAUAGGCUCUGAAAAAUCACUCGAAUUUCGAAACGCAGAUUAAUCUACGUUCGCCGUUUGCUCGAAAAGUGUAGUGUUUAAAUCAGUUAAUUUAAAAGGCUGGGAAAACAAAGCUGUAGCUUAAAACCCUGAAGAAGAAACAUCUGGGCGCGAAAAAAUCGAUUCAGGGCGAUGUAAUAUUGCCAAAUUUACCGUACCUCGGCUGCAAUCAACAAUUUUGACAGCAACAAAAACUAGGCGGACAGGGAGAGGCGGCAGAUAAGUGCAACAGAGAAAGGUAGCUAGCGGCGAAUUACGUGUGAUAGUAAAAAUAUAAAUAAAAGCGAGAAGCGCAACAACCCGGGCUUAGUCAUCCGUGCGAGAUAAAGAGAUAAAACUGCAAGCCUGGUGUCUGGUGCCUGGUAUCUGCCAGAUACAAAACAGAUCUGGAAAACCCCUCCAGCAGAGCAAAAGGAACUCGCCAAAUCGGAAACGUAAUUACAACACUGCAGCGGCAGCGGCAGCAACAACAACAACAACACGGCUACGCCUACGACACGCCAGUGAUUACAAUAACAAAAGAUUGAGCUUUUGUUGUAGCUUGUGGCCUUUGAAUUUGGUUGCUCACCUCCAUCGGCAUCUGAAAUUGGGCAUUCACAAAGCGGCUUAAAUACGCGGUUAACCAACGGCGGCUGUGUAGCACUGGAAUCUGCAAGUGGCACACCUGUUUGGCCACGGGUCAGAGUGGAGCGUGGAGAGCGGACAGUGGAGAGCUGAAAGCCAAUUGGAGCACGAGCACCAUCGUUGCAAUCACAUCUCGCCAUGUCUCGACUCACCGAGGAAAUGGUGAUUGCGCGGGCCAAGCAGUCCGAUCUUGGCCUGAUCAAAAAGCUUAAUUGCUGGGGAAGUGAUCUCAGCGAUGUGUCCAUCAUCAAGCGAAUGCGUGGAGUGGAAGUUCUAGCGCUGAGCGUGAACAAGAUCAGCACACUGUCCCCCUUCGAAGAGUGCCAGAAGCUGCAGGAGUUGUAUCUGCGCAAGAAUAAUAUCUCGGACAUCAACGAGAUAGCCUACCUGCAGAAUCUGCCGGCCCUUCGCUACCUCUGGCUGGAGGAGAAUCCCUGCUGCGAUCAAACAGCCAACUAUCGCGCCGUUGUCUUACGCGCCCUGCCCAACCUCAAGAAGCUGGACAAUGUGGAGGUCACUCAGGAGGAGGUGGACGAGGCCUUGCGUGGCGGCGGUGGCCCUGUUGCCGAGGAUGAAGUGUAUGAGGAUGCCUACCAACAGCAGCAUCAGCAGCAGACGCAGCCGCAACAGAUGCCGCAACAGCAGCAGCAGCACAGCUACCCGCAACACUCUCCGCCAACGCAGCAGCAACAGUAUCACCAGCAGCAGCAGCAGCAACCGCAGCAGCAGCAUCAGCGGCGCAGCUCCAGUCCCAUGAAAGAGCCGCCGCCGCCGCAGUUAGCCAGUCCGCUGGCCAACAACAGCAGCGAAGGGACCAUCACCCAUAGUGCCAGCGAUCUCUACGGCAGCCAGAUGCAGCAGGCACAGCCGCCGCUGCAUGGCUCCAAGCCCCCCACACCCACCAAGGAACCCGUGCAUCCGCCAUCGCCCAUGUAUAACAAUUUAACCAAAGAGCAGCGCACCUACCACCAGUACGACCGCUCGCCGGGCUCCGACCAGGAGAGUAGCCCCCAGAUGGGCGGCUACAGGGAGGUGCGGCAAACGCCGCUGCCGCCCAGCAUCUCCACGCACUCGAUGAAGGAAUACUAUCAGUCGGAUCGACCUGCUGGCUACCCGGCGCAUUAUCGCCACAGCCAGACUGACCUCACCGAAUGGGAGGAGCACCAGCAAGCGCCACAGGUGCACCACAAUCCCUAUGGCAGCCAAAUGCAGCUGCAUCACCAAACGCAGCGACGCAGCGAACCCACUUACCGGAAUGGCAGCGCUCGGGAGAAUGGCGGCGAGUGGGAGCCGGAGGACAGGCCCAGGUCGAGGCGACCCGAGGGUCGUUUUAGUGACUCGACAAAUACUCUUUCGGCCUCCGUGGUGAAUCACUAUGCGGGCUUCCAUCGCAGGCCCAUUAAUAGGACAUCCAAUCUGCUAUCCGCCUCGCUGUGUUUGGUGAAAGAGCUGGACUACGCCAGUCUCGAGGUGCUGGAGCACGCUGUGCGGUGUCGCAUCGAUGAGUUGGCGGGCGAAUGAUGAAGACGGCUCUCUAAUCGCAUGUCGAUUAGCUAAUAUCCACACUAAGCGAAAGCAAAAAAAGACCAGGAGAAAGACGGAAGCGGGGAGUGAGGCGCAAACUGCAGCUGAUAUUAUUAUACUAACGUCUUAAGCAUCAAAUGGAAAAGCAGAUACUUACCGAAUAACGAAAACGAUUCAUACUUGCCAAUUUGUAAACUGUCAUAGUGUAACUAGCGUCUUUUUGUAAGCAUUUUGUCACUUAAUGAACCAUGCUGACGGCUUCAGAAGAGCGUGGGAAGAACGAAUAAUAGACUAUAGCCUAAAGUCUAAGUUGAUUUCCGCCUAAUUGAACCCAGAUCCCGUUCAGUUGUGCACAGACCACUACAAACUAGCCUUCUUUUGUACUUAACUUGCGAGGAUCGAACUAACUAACGAACUAACGGCGCCCAAGGCGCCAGGCACAAUGAAUCUUCCUUGUCUGUUUUUUGUUUGAAGUGAGCUUAGUUCAAAUUGAUAUAUGAUUAUAUAUUAAAAUUGAAGCUAGGAUUUGCACAGUGCUGCUAAACUUCAAUUUUAAUAUAUAGUAUACUUUAUAUUUAACCCAAGGACUUUGUUAAAUAUUUGUACACAAGCUAAAACUUAAUUUUAAUAUAAAUUUACCUAUGUAUAAUGCAAUGAACACGUCCAGUUUAUGUUUGCCGUUCUCUAUUUAACGAUUACGUUGGAAACUACUAUGCAAAAAAUAAACCAAUUAACAUUA